AUGGCUGCCAUCGCUAACAGCGGCCUCGAGCAGCGGCAGAUAAUUACUGACCCUGCCGAGAUCAGUGAUUUCUUCAGAGACCCUUUCGGCAAAGAAAAGGCCACCAAGACGGAGGCUGCUUCUCAAGACGACGACAAAGAGGAAACGAAGACCGAUAGCGAGGGUCAGGACACCGUUGUCACAGAGGGAUCAACGAUCACCGACAGUCUCAUCACCAAGACCGACUCCGGGAGAACCAUCACCGUGCCCAACAAUGAGGUCGUCACCAUCACCAGACACACGACCAUCGUCACAAAUCGACCACAAUCCUCAAGCAACACAGGUUCUGAUGCCACAUCAGCAGCAACCGGUGCUAUCACAGAAGGGCCGUCCGUAACUACAGGCUCUCCUUCAGAGACGCCACAACUCAACGAGUCCCACAACGUAGGCUUCCCAACGGGGGCCAUUGUCGGCGUCGCCGUCGGUGGUGCAUUUCUUGUAGCAGUGGUCGUGAUUGCCCUCGUCGUUCUCAAAAGGCGUUCUCGCCGGCGUCAAGACGACACGCAGAGCUCGCUCAGCAGCAAUGAUCAGUAUGAGCGUACAGACCGCUUCGACGACAAGCACUUCCCACAGCGUCAAUUGUCAGCCCAUACUGCCCAUACUGCCCAAACUACGGCCACUGGCGCAGGUGACCCGUUUGCUCCCUUUGGAGGUCGGGUUGACAAAGACUCGGAGUACCCGAUCCGCCCGCAAAGCAAUACCUUCGAGAUGGACGCCACGACCGCUGUAGCUGCGGAACUGCCAGACUCGAGUGCAUUUGCGGCCAGCCCGACAACGACUGUGCGUGCUCCAGUGUCAGUUGAGCCUGCUACCCCUGCUCAAUCGGCAGCAAACCUCAACCCUUUGGUGAAAGGAGAAGGCAAACCCAAGUACAUCAACCACUGGGACCAAUAUCGAGCCAUGGGGUCUACGCAAGAGGAUAAGGAGUGA